AUGGUUCUCGGCCUCUUCACCACGAAGAAUAGAGCGAGGCCAGCUCCUCGUGGAGGCAAUGACUUCCAGAUUGAAUUGCCUCGCGGUCCAAAGAAGAACGAUGUCGAUGCUUGGUUAAAGGCAUUGGACUCCUGCCUUCCAGAACAUCUACGACAAGACGAAGCAAACACUCAGCUCAAUCUAAGUGCCAAUGUUAGUAUCACACGGAAAAACAUCUCUCUUAUCCUCAUAGAAGCGCGGAGAAAAGCCUCAAUAGAUGUACUAGAGCAUCUUGGCAUCGUUCAGCAGCGGUGGGCCGCCGUUGCUUGGAUUGUCGAUACAGUUGCUCAACAUGGUUGCCCUCAAGACUAUUGGCCAGAGUACUCAUCCCACACUCCGUUACGCAAUGCCAAAGGAGAUCUUACUCUAGAUGAGUUCACGGAAGGGAUAUUUGCGGCACCCGCGGAUACAUUGCAACGGACUUUUUUGCCUUUGAACACUUUGACCGUCACCUCCGACCCACGAUUCUACGAUACGCGGCUCCAACGUGGAGCACUCGGGCAGAUAUGGCAAACUCUAGGCAACCUUGUUGUAAGAGCUGCCCACGGCACAAGUGACAAUGGGAACUUCAUGCCACAUGUCCUGAGUCUUCUUGCCACACUUCACCACCAUGGAAUCGUUCCGGAUUCUGUCUACAAGUACUUCCCAAACCAAGACAUCGGAACUAUUCAACAACCUCCUCUCCUCUAUAUGUUAUGCGCACAAAUAUUCACUGCUCUAUCCGAUGCGGCUUGGGAUGAGAAGAAGGCGAUGGACAAAAGGGCAACUCAGAAUAGCCGCAGACUGAUUGUGCCUUGGAAAUUUGGUCUUGAGUCACCUGGAGUAAGGUUUAAUGCCUCAUCUCGAGACUUGCGCCCAGAGGUCUGGCUUGAGCUGAUACUUUGGUCAUGCUUGCACGGCGGUUGGAUUGAGGAGGGAGCGGCGGUUCUGGAGCAAAUAUCUGACAACCACAGUGAAGAGAGAGCGCCAUGGUCUCUUAUAUCAUGGCAAAAGGUUCUUGAGGGCUCUCAGAAUGGACAAGAAAUCAGCCCCACUUUCGGUUGGCGAGAUGCUAUCGAUAUUCUCGAAGGUGCUAGACCCGAGUUACAGCCUCGACCAAGCUCCGAAGACAAAGCUGCUGUUGUUCGGACUGUCAGCAGUGAACUAGUAUCUGCCUAUGUAGACGCGACGAUCAACAAACUUCAUGUUGGCGUUGGGCAACGAGGGUCUAAGAUUCGACAGGCUCUUAAGCGUAUCAAAUUAUGGAAAGAUAUGCUAGGAAAGCAGAACUUGGGGUUAGGUUUUGCUACGUGGGAUCUGGUUGUACAGCGACUGGUGGAAUCGGGAGGCUUCUGGCUUGAACGCGACCCAGCGCUAGCGUUCGAAGUCUUACAACUUCAUGAGCCUUUCGGUCGUGAAGAAGAGCUUGUGGGCACAGUCUUUGCCGAUGGUCGCGAGUCUCGGUCAUCGCCAUACUUUACUUGUUCUUCGGCCUUGCCAUUGAGCCUCCUCCAUCGACUGCUGUAUACUCAUGCGCGCUCUGGAAAUCCUGAAGCCACGAUGUCGGCGAUGCAAGCUCUGCAAGAUUUCACUGAGAGAAGUCAACGAAGUUCGAUUGAAAAAUUUUUUCAGAAGUUAAAGAUGCACAGCGACGGUGGCGUUCAAUCAUCUCCAAGCCGCAAUCUUCUUUUCGACACGAGUCUCGCAGCAGCGCAGUACUCAUCGUUCUACCCACGACUACCUGUCCACGUUCUUUCGGAAUUUCUAAACGUUGCAAAAGAUAUUGAAGACCCGGACUUUUAUCGGUGGAUCUUCGAUUCCAACUCCAGCGCAGUUGGGCCCUUUAUAUCAGAGUCGAUGUAUAACGAGGCAGGGCUUGCGCCUGCCCUCGUCCGCUUCGCCGCCGCCACCAACAAUCAGGCUGUUCUUGAGGAGGUAAUGAUGCGUCACAGUAGUCUGAGCAGAGAUUCAAAUGGCUUGAUUCCCACGCCUAUUUUGUCGGCUCUUUUGGAGACCUUAAUCGAGCGUAGGAAAUGGGUCAGCGUUAGGAAUGUUUUCAAGAGCAUUGUAAACGAGCCUAAAGAGUAUGGCGGUUCCUAUAUCUGGGAGAGACAGCUCUUUGCAGUAUUUAUUCGCGAGUUGCUGCGCAUAGAGCGAGAUAGUAAACGUGGAGAGGUGAAGACUCCCAAUGAGCUAUGGGAGGCAUGGAACCUAUUCACGGACAUGGUGGAGACAUGUCUGUCGAGGUCUCGGCUUUACCAAGGUACCACUGAACGCGAGAGACUACUCUGCAACGUUGCGCUCCUGGCCAGCGUUGACAAAACUUGGGCUCAGCUCUGCUACGGUUUGCGUAUAUUUCCUCAACGGAGCUUCUCGUUGAGAGUUGAGACCGCGAUAUUCCGCACUGUUCUCCAAGGUGUUCUUGAGACGCGCGGGCUUCGUGCUGCCCGCGCAUUUUGGGAAGUAUGGUGCGACACCUCGGCGUACGUUCACCGCGCUAUCGUCAACAAGGCAGGCGUACUUCAGGUCUCCCGCUGUCGAGUCUCACGCAAUCGAUCGAGGGAUGAGCUGAACCGUAUCAACAUCUCCGUACCAGUUCCUCAAACCCACAUUCAAAUCUUUGGUAGAAUUGGCCCUGACCUGGCAUGCGCGCGAAUGAUGAUUGCGGCGUUACGGGCGGAUGACGAACGGGAAAUUGAGCUGGACUAUGAUGUCGUUGAAAUGAAGUGCUGGCUGAAAUCAUAUUUUGAAGCCAUGAGCCACGUCAAGUUUAUGAGCGAGGGGCAACUAGCAGCACUUGCUGACGCGCUGGAGAAAUAA